GUCCCCUGACGGGAAAGCAUUGGAGAAUAUAUAUGAACAGAGCUUAAAUUUAGUGCUUGUUUAAGACAGAAUCUUAUCAGAUUUGACCGCUCAAUGUACACUUCUUACAACAUACGGACUCUCUAAGCUUUUCCUUUAUGUUUAUCCGCUUUGGGUUUCCGUAGAGAACCCAUUAUCAAAGUUAGGGGGAAAAAACGAGGAGUUGGAGUGAGGUGAUUGGAUUCUUCAAUGGAGGAGGUGGAGUUGUGUGAGAGGGAGAAGGAAAAUAUGAUGUGGGUGAAAGAUGGUUCAGUAGACUGCAAAGGAAUACCGGCUUCCUUUGCAAAAACAGGAGGAUGGAAGGCCUCUCUCUUCAUUAUCUUGUUGGAGUUGACAGAAAGGAUGGCCUACUUUGUAAUCAUCUCCAGUUUGAUAACAUAUCUGACAAAUGAGUUGCAUCAAGGAGUCACUUCUGCUGCUAAAAGUGUCAACAAUUGGGCUGGUGUCUCAACUGUUUUGCCUCUGGUAGGAGGCUUUUUAGCAGAUUCAUACAUAGGGACAUACUGGAUGGUGGUUGCAUCCUCCUGUGUUUAUUUCUUGGGACUAAGCUUAUUGACGGUGACAGUAUCAGUAUCUUCUCUGAAACCACCUCCAUGCCCUUCAAAGAGCUCCUUAUAUUGUGGCAAUGCUUCCUCAGUUGAAGUUGGACUACUCUUCUUUUCUCUGUACAUCGUUUCCAUUGGUGCAGGAGGGCUCAAACCUUCACUAGGCUCUUAUGGUCCUGAUCAGUUUGACAGAAACAAUCCAAAGGAAAAGCUUCAGAAGCAUUCCUUCUUCAAUUGGGUUUUUUUUGCCUUCAGUAUUGGAAUUUUGCUGGCUACUACUGUUUUGGUUUAUGUGGAAGAAAAUGUGAGCUGGGGGGCAGGAAUUGGGUCUGCGACUGCUGCUUUUGGUUUAGCUGUUGUGGUGUUUUUGUGUGGUACACCAUUUUACAGAUAUAAGGUUAUUCCUAGUGCUCAUAAUGGCAGCCCAAUUACUCGGAUUGUUCAGGUGUUUGUUGCAGCAGGGCGUAAUAGAAACCUGGAAUUGCCAGAUGCAGCCUUGCUCCAUCAGGGGGAUUCCAAAAUGGAUGGGGCACAACUGGAGCACACUCAAAGUUUCAGGUGGUUAGACAAGGCUGCAGUCCAGCGGUUAGCAGGGAAUAGUAAUACUAACCCUGAAGAAACAGGGAUAGAACCUAAACCCAGCCCUUGGAAUCUAUGCACAGUGACUCAAGUAGAAGAAGCCAAGCAGAUCCUAAGGAUUUUACCCAUCUGGUUUACAUGCCUGACAAUUACACUUACUCUAACACUGCAGACAACAUUUUUCAUAAAGCAGAGCAGCACCAUGGAUAGGAAAAUGGGCUCCAAUUUCAAGCUUCCCCAAGCUUCUGUUUUCUCCUUCUCAAUGAUUACAACCAUGUUAUUUUUACCUCUGUAUGACAGAGUUAUAGUUCCAGUUGCCAGAAGAAUUACAGGCAAUGAUAGGGGUAUAACAAUUCUACAAAGAAUAGGUGUUGGCUUGAUAUUUUCUAUUCUUGGUAUGGUGGUCUCAGCACUAGUAGAAAUCAAGAGGUUGCAGACAGCAAAAAGAAAUGGGUUAGUAGAAAAGCCACAUGAGACAAUCCCCAUGACUGUUUUUUGGCUUGCACCACAAUACAUAAUGUUUGGAAUUACAGAUGGGUUUAUUCUGGCAGGACUGCAAGAAUUCUUUUACAGUGAAGUGCCAGACACAAUGGCAAACCUAGGAAUUGCCAUAUUUCUCAGUGUACUUGGAGUUGGAAGCUUCCUCUGCAGUAUUCUGAUUACUGUAGUUGAGAAAAUAAGUUCUCAAGCUAACAGUCAUGACCAUGGUUGGUUUCUCAAUAAUCUAAACAAAUGCCAUCUGGACUACUUUUUCUGGCUGCUCGCCUGCCUUAGUACAAUCAACUUCUGCACUUAUGUGUGCUUUUCUCAGAAGUACACAUAUAAGAAGACUAUUAUAAGUCAAAAGCAGUAAACAUGUUUUGUAUCUUGGAAUUAUCUUAGAUACAAAGAAUGUUAUCUUUAACAUGUGCUUGUACAAUUAUAAUAAUGAUAAUGAUGUAUACUUAUUAAUA